AGACUAAACAAGACCUCGGUCCUCGUUUUCACUCGCUUGACCUGUUGCUGUUGGCCAUACCUCCUGUCUCGCCUCCGGUCAGAUCAGAUUAGCCUCCAUGGCCGCCGAUCGCCGCUUCAAGAUCUUUGCAGCCGCCGAUGGCUUCGGCCAGCCACUCAAGGACGCCGUCGUCGCUUAUCUCCGCGCCCACCCCGCCGUCGCCGAGGUCGUUGACCUCGGCGUCGACAAGUACUACGCCGCCGCCGCAGCCGUCGCCCGACACGUCUCCUCUCCCGACUCGGAGCCUGACGCCCCCGAGGUCCGCGGCGUCGUAGUCUGCGGCACCGGCGCCGGCGUCUGCAUCUUCGCCAACAAGUACCCGCGCGUCUACGCCACCCACUGUGCUUCCCCCGCCGACGCCGUCAACACACGCUCCAUCAACGCCUGCAACGUCCUCGCUCUCUCCGGAAUCGCCACGCAGCCCGACGCCGCGGCCGCCAUAGCCGAUUCCUGGCUCGCCACGCCCUUCCGCGCCCCUUGCCCCGCCUCCGGCGACGCGCCCUGGCCGGAGGACAUCCAGGGGUUCUUCGACACCGCGCCAGACGAGAUGGCCGCCAUCCCGGAGGCGGAGGAUGCCCCGGACUCGGUCUGCGCCAUCUGCUGCCUCAGGAACGGGAUGGAGUUCGAGCCGGUGGGGAUUAUGCCCGGCGGCGAGAUGCGGAUCGUGCGGGAGAGCCCCACCUCGGCGUACGUCCGCUUCAAGGCUGGCAGUGUGGAGCCAGCGCACCAUCACACCUUUGGCCACGACCUGGUGGUCAUCAAGGGCAAGAAGAAGGUUUGGAACCUCACCAAGAAGGAAAGCUACGACCUGGUGGACGGAGAUUUUCUCUUCACACCUGCCGGGGAUGUGCACAGGGUCAAGUACUUUGAGGACACAGAGUUCUUCAUCCGUUGGGAUGGCCACUGGGACAUCUUUCUCGACGAGGAUCUCGACACUGCACGCAGUGCCAUUGACGCGGAGCUUGCAGCUGCCAGCAAGUGAGAUCAUGCCAUCUAUGUGCAGUGAUGGCAACGCUUCUGAAGGUGCUAUGCUCACAUAUCCUCAUUUGGGAUUGUGAUUGAUGGUCUUGCUUCCAUAAUGUUUGUUAUUCGAACUCUGUGUAUGAUCCUCAUCGUCCUGUCUUGUUAUUUUGUGGAAUUAUGGUUAUUGACAACGAUGAUGGUACAAUUUGGUUACUGAAUCAAGUUGCAUAUACAUGGAGGUUGUUGGUCUU